AUGACAAGAAACGCGUUUUUGUUAGGCUCGGACUUGAAUUUCAAGUUCUUAGCAGCACAGGCAAAGCAAACGUUGACUGCACAGGGAUUUGAUGUGCAGCUGCUUUUCAGCAAUUCCCGGCUGUUCAGACGAUUCAUCGAGGCAGGAUCUACAAUAAAAUAUACAAACAGUUUGACUCCAGGUAAUCCUGUUGCAAAGGAAUUUCAAUUCAAGGCGCUUGAGAGGCUUCCCGAAACACCCAGUUCAAAUGUCGACGAUUUAAUAGUAUGCAUGAGCACGCUGAAACUGGAAGAACAGAUCCUUCCAUACGUCAGCAGAAUCUCCAAUGAUUCAAAUAUACUAUUUGUGAAUCCACCAUUGGGAUCAAUACAGGCAACUCUGGACCGAUUAUGGCCUCGUAGCUCCGAAAUGAGGCCAAAUGUGUUUCAAGCUGUUACCACGCAUGUUUUAUCCGGCCCGUCAAGUUUUGAUGUGAACCAUAUAAAAGCAGGAAAACUAUUGAUCUCCGCAUAUCCAUCCAAGCAAAGCCUUGAAAGUUUUGUCAGCUCACAGUCCACCUUCUUCCCUGCAGACACAGUUGUUCCUUCUGUAGUGAAAGGGUUAUUGAACAACCGCAUACUCCAGGCAACGUAUUGCCCCUUGAAAGACGUAUACCAGGUACAGGUUGAAGGAACAGUGGUAGAUUGUUGUCUAAAUGCAUUAGGCCAGGUCCUGAAUUUUGAUCUAGGGUCGUUGGGCUACACAAAUUCGGUUGAGCGCAUUGUUUCUGACAUUGUUGAUGAAUGCAUACAAGUUUUACAGUCCACGAGACAUUAUCGUGUGCUGCAUCGAUACGACCCUUCAAUGACGCGGUUGCUCAAGAAGGAACGGCUGAUGAUGCUCGUCAAGGAGUUGGCAGAACAACACGGCUUCAAUCAUCAACAGUCGAUUCCCAGCUACGCAACCAGCUAUAUUGUCAACUCAGCCAAGCAACAGCGUCAGGCGACUCCUGUCAAUAGCUUGUUGAACAACCUCCUCAUAUCAAAACGCGAACUGGAGCAUCGAGAAGCUGAGCUACCAUUUGUCAAAUAA